AUGAAAUUCAUUCUGCUCCUCGCUUGUCUCUGCCUCUACGUGGCCACGCUUGAGGCUCAGUUUGGCUAUUGUAGAGGCUACGUGCGUAAGAAUUGUUUUGGAGGCAAGAACGAGGGCCAUGCGAGAUAUUCCAUUUGCCUCCUGAACGCCAAUGCAAGAAUGUGGUGGUAUAACAGCACGUCCCAAUCCUGCCAGAAUAUGGCAUACAGGGGCUGCGGCGGCAACACCAAUCGCUACUGCGACCAGAACUCUUGCCUCAGGUACUGCACCUGA